AUGGUCGAGCUACGCAAGCGUCCGGCUCCUCCAGCGCCGGCAGCAGCUCUACCAAAAUCGAAGAAAGGCACGACCAGCAAGACGAAAGCCGCCCCAGCCAAGGGCAAGAAAGACGACGCGCAGAAAGAGACGAAACCUCCUCCUUCAAAUCCAUCUGAUGAUCCCACGGGAGGCAUCCCGGAGGGAGCAGGAGGCGUGAGCGCGACGGCUGAAGUCACGAGUGCUGAAGUUGCGAAGGAGGUCGCGGCUGAGGUUGAGGCCGAGGCUGUCAAGGGGAAGGGGAAGGGUAAGAAGGCGGCUGCUGCGCCGAAGGCCAAGAGUGGGCCCCCUGAGGUUGGGGAGACUGUGGAGUUGGAGGGGUUUGGAGGCGAGGUGGAGACGAAUGAGGGGGAGAAGACGACGUUGGCUAAAUUGGUGGAGGAGAGUAAGGCUGGGGUUGUCCUGUUUACAUAUCCCAAGGCGAGCACACCUGGCUGCACGACCCAAGUCUGCCUCUUUCGCGACUCCUACACGCCUCUCACAGGCACUGGCCUCAGCAUAUACGGCCUCAGCACCGACAGCCCAAAAGCCAACACGACCUUCAAGACCAAGCAAAACCUUCCGUACCCGCUUCUCUGCGACCCAUCCGCUACUCUCAUCCAAGCCAUUGGUUUCAAGAAAGCACCAAAGGGCACGACCCGAGGCGUCUUCGUCAUCGACAAAAACGGUAAAGUUCUCGCCGCUGAAGCUGGUGGCCCAGCACCUACUGUCGAGGUUGUUAAGGGUAUCGUGGAAAGUAUGGGUGGUGAUGCCGACGCGAAGGGAUUGAAGAAGGCUGAGGAGCGAGCUGCGGGUGCUAAAGGUGAAGAGGUUGAGGAACCUACCAAUGCACACUCCACGACACACCCUUCCCGGGACGACCUAGCAGUACAGACCCCAGGCUUCAAGCCCGUGAUCGAAGGUCAACGUAGUCUGGUUCGUACCUGCCCGCAUGGCAAGUCGAGUUUCAAGGGGAAGGUGCGAUUGAAGGAAACUAAUUAUCAUUUACGAUGUGAAUGUAAGAAGGCGCAAUUUGAUGGGCCCGCUCCGAAGGUUGGAGGAGAGCAUUAUAUACUCAAGACGAUCGAUCGACUGUGUGCUGAUCUCAUGGAGCCUGAGGAGGAAGCGGGUGGAGUGGCGCUCGAAAGUGGCUAUGGGGACGUACAGGCCACCAAGGCACAAGACGCUGCGCUGAGCUACGAUUUGAGAACAUGGAUUCACCGUAUCUCUGAGACCGACAAGCAGCAAGACCUACGCGACUGGACGUACCUCGACACCGACCUUCGCUUCACACCCUCCCAUCUGUGCCAGGCAAUCGUCUACGCUAUCUCCCUGCUCCACGGCCUGCACGCCGAGAUCCCUCACCUCCUGUCCUAUGCCGAGCGCUAUAACAUCUUCAUCCCUGACCUCUCCGACCAACCAGAACCCUCGUGGCUUGCGCCUAUCGCAGACCAGGAACGAGAGCUCAAGGGGAAGGGAAGGCAGGCAUUGCUGGAUACCUUUGGGGGAGCGUGUCAGGAGAUCGAUUAUGUUGUGGUGCAGAAGGAGGACUUGCUAAUGGAAAUCCGGAAUGGUAAGAUCGUUGAGGCUAGGGAUGGGGAUGAGAGUGAGAGGUUUAGUCUCGUGGCGGCUGGGUACGACGAGGAGGUUAGGAGGAUUGUUUCCAAGGAGAGUGGCUGA